AUGGAUGACUCGUAUUUAGACGUUGCAGCCGACUAUGUCGACGAGUGUAAAAUAACGCAGAUGAAUUAUCAUUCAUUCAAACCGUACUCAAACAUGUCUUUAUCUAAUAACGAUGAAAUUAGAAUAAGUGUUUUAAAUAUGGAUUCAUACACUUUAUCGUGUGAGAGCUAUAUUUACAUCGAGGGGAAAGUGAAUAAACCUAGUGAUGCUGUUGGUGAUGUACGUUUUUCAAAUAAUGGAUUGGCAUUUUUAUUCUCUGAAAUGCGAUAUGAAAUAAACGGAAUAGAAAUACAGAAAUUAAAAUCACCCGGAAUUUCGUCUUGUUUGAAAGCAUACUGCUCGUAUACUCCAAAUGACCUGAACACUCUAGAGAACUCUGCUUGGGACUCGACCAUGGAUAGUGAAGAUAAUAAAAAUUUUAUGUCCAACAAUGUAUUUACCGGGUGUAUUCCUCUGAAACAUUUAUUCGGAUUUUGUGAGGACUAUAAAAAAAUAUUACUUAAUUGUAAUCAGUAA